CCGACAUCUCCGGUCAACAGCACGAUCGCUCACAUUCCGAUCUCCGCAUCUCUACCACUUGGCCAGACUCCGGUGGCAAUCCACAAUGCCCUCGCCACCGAAACUAGACCACAUAGCAGUCUCAGUGGAUUCGCAAUCGCCAUCAAUAGCAAUCAUCAAGUUCAAUCGGCCCAAAUCCGCAAAUGCAAUCAACACAGAUAGUGUAAAACAAUUCCUCACAGCACUGGAGUGGGCGGAAACCGAAUCACAGAUCCGGAUAAUCUUGACGACUGGCGAAGGCAAAUUCUACACCGCAGGUCUCGAUCUGCUGGAUCCUUCUGUCAAGCAAGAAGGCGCAACCAUUUCCGACGAGUUUAUUGAUACCAUCGGAGCGAUUCAUGAACAUUUGAUCAAGACGAAUAAGUUGGUUGUUAGUGCUGUCAAUGGACCGGCGCCAGGAUGGGGAACGACCAGUAUCGCACUUUCCGAUCUAGUCUAUGCAGCCUCAAAUGCCAUCUUCUUCACGCCAUUCGUCCAAUGGGGACUAUGCGCAGAAGGCUGCUCCAGCUUAACUAUGACCCGUUUAAUGGGAAGACAAAAGGCUUCCGCGCUAAUCUUGGCUGGAGCGAGAUUCAAUGCUCAGGAAGCUGAGUCUGCCGGGCUUGUCACCAAGAUUCUUGGGCAAGAGGGCUUUGGUGAUGAGGUAUUGAAGAUCGUGAGAGGAAUUGCGAAAUUGCCGCCUGCGAGUCUGAAGGUCAACAAAGAUCUGCUGAUGAGAACGCAGAGAGCGGGAUUGCUGGAGGCGAAUAAGGUCGAGUUGAGAACGCUGAAGGAUCAGGUUCGUCAGAAUGAGUCGCUUGAUGCAAUUGCUGGAUUCGCUGAGGAGACUGAGAGGAAGAAGAAGAAGGAGAAAGCUAGCAAGUCCAAGUUAUGAGCUUGGCCGCUACAAUGCUUGCCUGCGAUGCUGUUCACCGUGAUUGAUACAGGCUCGCCAAUAACCCAUCAAAAGUUGAUUAGGAUUG